CUGAGCCGAGCCGCCCCACCGAACCGCGUCACCCGGCCCGAGCCGCGUCGCCCUACCGAACCGCACCGCCCUACCGAGAAGCGCUGCCCUACCGAGCCGCGCCUCCUACCGAGCCGCGCCCCUGAUUCUGUCACUACUGCUGUUUCUGCUACUACUACUGCUGCUCCUCCUACUGUCACUAUGGCUAGCCCUCCUGUGCUAGCUUUCGAUGCUGAGGGCCGCCCAGUGAAGUUUGACACCUGGCUCGAUGACCUGCACCUAUUCCUACAGCUCACUGCCAAGGAAGACAUCUCACUGUACGAUCACGCCUUAGGCCAUGCUACUGCCCCUUCUGCUACUGCUGACAGCACUACCCGCUCACAGUGGCAGACUCGUGACGCCCACGCUCGCUUUGCUAUUCGCAACUCCUUGCCGAUAGAUGAGCGCGAGCACUUUGGCCAGCACAAAACUGCACAGGCACUGUACACUGCUGUCGUUGCCCGCUACUCCUCACCUGCCUCUGCCGCACUAGGCCGUCUCUCACUCCCCUACCUGUUCCCCGACCUGUCCUCUUUCUCCACAGUCGCUGACCUCAUCACACACCUCCGCACUAUCAGGGACCACUUCCUAGCUCGCUGCCCCACAGAGCUCACCAUUGCCAUCCUCGAGAAGGAACUACUUGCAACUGAGGCUAGCAUAGUCGCUGUAGGUGCCUCUCGUGGCGACCCCCGCACCCCUUUCUUUGAGGGGUGUUCCCCUUCCCCCCUUCUCCCCUCUGUAGCCUCUGCUGCUGCUGUCGACCUCCUUGGUGCUGAGAAGGUCGGGACUGCGUCCGCUCCGAGCUGGCGCCGCAGCGGCAAAGGCAAAUGGGGCAAGGGAGGCGGAGGUGACGGCGGGGGAGGCGGUGGUGGGGGCGGUGGCGGCGGUGGGGGUGGUGGCGGGGCUGGAGGGACUAGUGGCAGCGGUGGGGGUGGUGGCGGCAGCGGCGGGGGAGGUGGCAGGGGCGGGGGCGGAGGUGGUGGCGGCGGUGGACGCGGAGGCGGCAGGGGCGGUGGUGGACGGGGUGGCAGCGGCGGAGGUGGUGGUCGUGGAGGCGCCGGCAGUGGCCAGAGCCAGCAGCAACCUCUGUCGCCCCAGGAGCUUCGUGACCGCACUGGUCAGACGUGUGGGAGGGCGCACCCCACGCAGCGCUGCUUCUCCCGCCUCGACGACGCCUGGCGCACUCAGUUCCCUGGUGCCACUGAGCUGCCCCGCUGGGCCGAUCUGAUGAGGAAGAACAUUGAUAUCUAUGCUCUUGACUUUGAUGCUAUUCUCACUGCCAUGUAUGUCUUGUCUACUAGUGGAGAGGGUGAUCAGUACCUGUGUGUUCCGCCCGACCCGGGCAUUCGACCCAGUGGAGCUGCCACUCUAGGUGCUAGUGUGUCUGGUGCCCUAGUUGCUGGUGAGGCUGCCGCUCUAGGUACUUACGUGUCUGCUGCCCCAGGUGCUGGUGAGGCUGCUGCUCUAGGUGCUCGUGAGUCUGCGCCCCCUGGUACUGGGUCUACUGAGGCACUGCACACCUUCACUCUGGACUCAGGUGCUUCUCGCUGUUUCUUUCGUGACCGCACUGCCCUUGAGCAGCUUGCUCGGCCAGUUGCAGUCUCCCUCGCUGACCCCUCUGGGGGUCCGGUCGUUGCGACCUCCUCCACUGUCCUCCCUUGUCCUGCGGUUCCGUCGGGCACACUGUCAGGUCUCUACCUCCCCUCGUUCUCUACGAACUUGGUGGCGGGUAGUGCGCUCCAGGACGGGGGUGUCCACCAGUUUACCCCUGCCUACGAGCGCGUGACACACUGCACGUGCGCUCGGACGGGCCGCCACCUGGCUACCUUCACUCGGCAGCCGGGGUCGGACCUGUACACACUGACCACUGAGUCCCCUCAGGUAGCUGCGUCUGCGUCUGCGUCAGGUCAGCUGUCUGCCCCCUGCUCGUGUCGCUCCCUGGCACACGAGACUGUCCUCUGGCACCACCGCCUUGGUCACCCGUCAGUGCAACGCCUUCGUGCCAUGCACAAACGGUACCUUGUCUCUGGUCUUCCCAGGGUUCUCCCUCCACUCCCACCGUCGCCUGCUCCUCCCUGCCUUCCCUGUGUCGAGGGGCGGCAGCGCGCUGCUCCUCACUCCUCCUCGUUCCCUCCCACAGAGGCUCCACUGCAGACUCUCCACCUGGACGUGUGGGGCCCAGCCCGCGUCCGUGGACAGGGUCAGGAGAGGUACUUCCUGAUCGUUGUUGACGACUACUCACGCUACACCACGGUCUUCCCCUUGCGCACCAAGGGUGAGGUCCCUGAUGUUUUGAUCCCUUGGAUCCGUGCUACUCAUCUCCAGCUCAGUGAGCGGUUCCACUCGGACUUUCCUGUCCUGCGUCUGCACUCUGACAGAGGUGGUGAGUUCUCCUCCGACCUCUUGGCAGCCUACAGUGCGGAGCACGGCAUCCGCCAGACGUUCACGCUUUCGGCCUCCCCACAGCAGAAUGGGGUUGCUGAGCGCCGCAUUGGUUUGGUCAUGGAGGUCGCUCGUACCUCCUUGAUCCAUGCGGCUGCCCCCCACUUUCUGUGGCCGUUUGCGGUCCGAUACGCUGCGCAUCAGCUCAACCUCUGGCCCCGUGUCUCCCUGCCGGAGACUUCUCCGACACUGCGUUGGACGGGAGAGGUUGGCGAUGCGUCGCGUUUUCGGGUCUGGGGUUCUCGAGCUUUUGUUCGCGAUACGUCCGCGGACAAGCUCUCCUCCCGCGCUGUUCCUUGUGUCUUCCUUGGCUUUGUCCCAGACGCGUCUGGUUGGCAGUUUUACCACGCCACCUCGCGCCGUGUCCUGCCCUCUCAGGACGUCACUUUUGACGAGUCCGUGCCCUACUACCGCCUCUUCCCCUACCGCACUGCCCCACUCCCCCCCCCGCCUCUCUUCCUCGCGCCAGGUGCUGCUGUGGUAGACCCCCUCCCCCCUCAGGGUGCCGCUCCCUCAGGUGUGUUCCAGGUAGACCUGGUUGAGCCUGUCGAGGUAGCUGUCGACUCUCGUCCUGCUAGGGGUGCUGAGCCUGAGCGAGCGGAGCCUGAGGGUGCGGAGCCUGGGGGUGCGGAGCCUGGGGUUGCGGAGUCUGGGGGUGCUGAGCCUGGGGGUGCGGAGCCUGCGGGUGCUGAGUCUGGGGGUGCUGAGCCUGGGAGUGCUACGUCUGAGGGUACUGGGACUGAGCGUGCUUCACCUGGAGGAGCUCUCUCCUCACAGCAGCUACGAGAGUGGUACUUACAGUACUGCAGCCUCAGGAGGGGUGCCUCUGGAGCUAGGAGUGCUGCUGGAGCUGGUGCUAGUGCUUCCCCUCCUAGGCGGGAGCUGCCCUCUCCCCAGCGGCUCCGAGAGUGGUACGCUCGGCGCUGCAGUCUCCGGAGUGACGCUCCUAGUGUCGCGGACCCUGCUGCUGGUGCUGGUGGUGCUGCUGGUGCUGCUGGAGGUGCUGCUGGUGCUGGUGCUGCUGGAGCUGCUGGAGGUGCUGCUACUACUGGAGGUGCUGCUGGUGCUGCUGGAGCUGCUGGAGGUGUUGCUGCUACUGGCGGUGCUGCUGGUGCUGCUGGAGGUACUGCUGGAGCUGCUGGAGCCGCUGGUCCUGGGGGUGCUCGUACUGGAGGUACUGGAGCUGCUGGGACUGGGCCUGCUGAGGGGGUUGUCGCUGGAGGUGCUGAGCGGCCGCGGCCGUACUACGUUCCGCUCCUUCAGCAGGUUCUUAGUCUCCCACCCUCUACUGGUCCUUCUCCUCCCCUACUGAGUCCACCGCCUGUCCAGUCGCAGUCACAGUUACAGCCAGCCUCUCCACUGCCUGGUCCUUCUCCUUACGCUGAGCCGACGAGGGGUCUUACGGAGCGUCGUGAGCCUGAGUCUCGUCCUCCGUCGCCUGAGUCUCGUCCAGAGUCGUCUGAGUCACGUCCAGAGUCACCUGUCCGUGCUGUCCGCGCUGGUCGUCGUGCUCCGCGUGAGCAACCUCCUCCUGUUCCUGGCACUCACUAUAUGACUCUGCGUCCUUCCAGUGCUCCACAGCAUGUCCCUCUGCCGUCCCCUUCUGCGUCCUCUCUUCCUGCUCUUGCUGACCCGGAGUCUGACUCUCUUCGUGCUGCCAGUCCUACUGUCACGCGUCUCCUUGCCACUGUUGUCACUGACCCUUCCUUCGAGUCCUCUGCUGCGUCUGAUCUAGUCGCUGAGCUUGUUGACUUUGCUGCCGCCUGUCGUCUAGACUACGCCGCUAGCCUUGUUGCUGAGUCUGAAUCUGUCUGUCCUCCGUCCGUCGGGGGUGAGUGUGCUCUUGGCACGGACGUCCUUGAGGACAGACAGGAGGAGUUUGAGUGCUUUGCCGCUGCUUUGCCUCAUCUCGUGUCCAUGCUAGUUGCCCCUGAGGGAGACCCGGAUGCACCAGACAUCCCGACCCCACGCUCCUACGCAGAGGCGAUGGAGGGUCUCUACUCCUCUCAGUGGCAGACAGCCAUGGACGCAGAGAUGGCUUCCUGGAAAUCCACAGGCACCUACGUCGACGAGGUUCCCCCACCUGGGGCGAACAUCGUCAGUGGCAUGUGGAUUUUCAGGGUGAAGCGGCCGCCGGGUUCUCCGCCUGUCUUCAAGGCGCGUUACGUUGCACGAGGCUUCAGUCAGCGAGAGGGAGUAGACUUCUUCCAGACCUUCUCCCCGACCCCGAAGAUGACCACUCUUCGGGUUCUGCUGCACGUCGCCGCUCAGCGUGACUACGAGCUCCAUUCUCUUGACUUCAGCACUGCGUUCCUACAGGGCAGCCUGCACGAGGAGAUCUGGCUGCGCCGCCCACCUGGCUUCACUGGGUCGUUCCCUCCUGGUACCCAGUGGAGCCUCCGGCGGCCAGUCUACGGUCUCCGCCAGGCACCCCGUGAGUGGCACGACACACUGAGGACUACACUUGCGGCUCUUGGGUUUGCUCCUUCUACUGCUGACCCGUCGCUGUUUCUACGCACCGACACCACUCUGCCGCCGUUCUACGUUCUCGUGUACGUCGACGACUUGGUCUUUGCUACUGCUGACACUGAGGCACUCGCCCACGUGAAGUCGGAGCUGCAGAAGAGACACACGUGCACAGACCUGGGUGAGCUGACAAGCUAUCUUGGCUUGCGGAUCACCCGGGACAGAGCACAGCGCACCAUCACCUUGACUCAGUCACACAUGGUGCAGCAGGUCCUUCAGCGCUUCCGCUUCACGUACUCCUCGCCUCAGCCCACCCCUCUGCCUACCGGUCACUCGCUCUCAGCUCUGCCUUCGGAUGAGUCCGUAGAGCCGAGUGGCCCGUAUCCAGAGCUUGUGGGCUGCCUCAUGUACCUGAUGACCUGCACUAGACCUGACCUUGCAUACCCUCUUAGCAUCCUAGCACGCUAUGUCGCUCCUGGCCGUCACCGGAAGGAGCACAUGGAUGCCGCUAAGAGGGUGUUGCGCUACUUGUGCAGUACGUCGGGCAUGGGGCUUGUGCUUGGAGGACGGCGCGACGUUGUUCUCACUGGACACUCAGACGCUUCUUGGGCUGACGACCAGGCUACGCAGCGGUCGUCUCAGGGUUACACCUUCAGCCUUGGCUCUGGCUCUGUUUCCUGGCGUUCUACACGCUCUUCUUCUGUUCUCAGCUCCAGUUGUGAGGCUGAGAUCUACGCCACAGCCAUGGCGGCCCAGGAGCUACGCUGGCUCACCUACCUGCUGACCGACCUCGGAGAGCGGCCUCUUUCUCCUCCAGUGCUGUAUGUCGACAACAAGGCAGCCAUUGCCUUGUGUGAGGAGCACAGACUGGAUCACAGAACGAAGCACAUCGCUCUGCGCUACUUCCUAGCGCGAGAGCUGCAGCAGAGGGGUCAGCUUCGUCUCUCGUACGUGGCCACUCGGGCCAACACUGCUGAUGUGUUCACCAAGGCGCUUCAGCCUUGUGACCAUCAGCGUUUCUGUACUGUGCUAGGCCUUGUGCCUACUCUCCCUCACCUGCUCACUUCUUGA